GCCCCUCGUACAUGGAGUUGGGAGUAACAUCAGAGUGCAGCAGGACAUCCACACAGAAGGAGAUCUUCCAGGAUGAUUGUGAAAAAGGCAUUAAAAACAUCCCUGAGGUUUAAUGAGUCCUCCAACAUGAAAUUAGGCGUGAACAAUCAAAAAGACAUCAAAACGUUUCAAAUCUUAGGGGCAAUUUUGAUGCUUGGCGUUGUUGUCGCGAUGACUGUUUACUUCCUGAGAGUGGACAGCACAAUUGAUCCUAAUGGAGAAGAAACAGUUGUCAGCAUUUACAAAGAGCUGGAGGAGGAAGAAGGACUCUACGGAGAUCUCCCAAGAACCACAAUAGCUGAGGAGGACACCAUUAAAUCCAAUGACUCCUGCAGCUUUGACCUGGUGGAAAAUGUUCCUUAUGACUUACCCUUUGAGAUAAAUAGCACUGCAGCCAAACCCUUGUAUCAAGCUUGGAUGAGGUUGCUUGAUCUAGCCCAGGAAAAAAUUCAUGUGGCUUCUUACUAUUGGUCUCUUACCGGGAAGGAUAUCAGUGUCAAUGACUCAUCUUCCAAGCAGGGUGAAGAUAUUCUGAAGAGGUUUGAGAGAUUACUCGCAGAGAAUGUCUCUGUGUAUGUUGCAGCAAGUGUGCCAACUUUGGCUACAAAGUCAACAGACCUUGAACUUUUAGAGGAAAAAGGGGCUCAUGUGAAAAAAAUUGAUUUUGGACAUUUGACAGGAGGAGUGUUGCAUAGCAAAUUCUGGAUAGUAGACAUGAAACACAUAUAUAUUGGUAGUGCAAACAUGGACUGGAGGUCUUUAUCUCAGGUGAAGGAGUUUGGUGCUGUGAUAUACAACUGCAGCUGCUUGGCCAAAGACCUCUGGAAAACAUUUAGUACUUACUGGGAUCUUGGAUAUGCUAAUGCUACCAUCCCAUUCCCUUGGCCUCUUAAUUAUUCUACCCACAUUAACAACCGUCGGCCUCUGGAAGUAGAAUUUAAUGGAAUCUUGACAAAAGCCUAUUUUUCUGCUUCUCCUCCAGCAUUUUGUCCAAAAGGUCGCACCCAUGACCUCUAUUCUAUAAUCAGUAUUAUCAGUCAGGCACAGAAGUUUGUGUACGUUUCUGUUAUGGAAUAUUUUCCCACCAGCCGUUUUACUCAUCCAAGAAGAUACUGGCCAGCCAUUGACAAUGCUCUGAGACGUGCAGCUUUCAACCACAGAGUGCAAGUCCGGCUCCUGGCCAGCUGCUGGACACACUCUGACCCAGCCAUGCUCAACUAUCUGAGGUCCCUGCGUGCUCUCAACAACCCACAUGCCCACAUCAGGGUCGACGUGAAACUCUUCAUUGUUCCAGUUCUGAAUCACACAAACAUUCCUUAUGGGAGAGUGAAUCACAACAAAUACAUGGUCACUGAUAAAGUAGCCUACAUUGGGACAUCCAAUUGGUCAGAAGAUUACUUCACUAAUACAGCUGGCGUGGGACUAAUUAUCAAACAGAAUUGGACCAAUCUGCAAAGAAGGCAACUGCCUGUCCAGGAACAGGUAAAAAACCUUUUUGAGCGAGACUGGAAUUCCAAAUAUGCAGUGAAUCUGGAAGAUGUGCAGGGACAGAAAGACUGUAACUGGCAAGGCCGACUCUGAAGUGAAUUGAAAAGUGCACUUAAAAUAAGAACAAAAAAAAUACAUUUGAACCUUGUUCCUGUGCAAAUCAAGGAACGUUCUUCUUUUUGUCUUUGUCAGAGAAAUCGCUUCCUCAUGGUGUCCACAUUGAUAAUACGAGAAUUUCUGAUAGCUGACUAUACCCGUAAAACCAUUAGUCAGUGUGUGAUGUUUAAUUUUUUGUGUGAUUACCUUAUCCCAGAGUUAAUAAAAUGCAUACAGUGUUGUAUGACAAGCUGUCUGAUACUAAUGUAGACGCGGAAGACCUUAAUAUACCAGAGACCACUACUGCUGUGCUAUUCUAUCUUAAGAGAUUAUAUAUUUCAACCUAAAUGCUCCAUUAACAAUGUUUGCUUACAUGUGUUUAAGCAUAUUUUUAAUAAACUCCUGGCCACUUUAAGAUUUGA